AUGGAGGAGAAGAUAAACACAGAGCUUUCAAGAACAGAGUUUUCUUCCCAAGAGGACCUGAAGAAGCAUAUAUCUCUUGUCCAAGCAAUGGUAAGGGACUACGAAAAGGAUCUCUAUGAAAAGGGAAAAUAUGAUGACUCGGCUAAAAGCAAGGUCAGGGACUGGAGAGACAAACUCUAUAAAGUCGCUCAAGAACACAAAGACAUUUCUGAGAAUGCCGAGAACCUUGAUGAGCUUGAGAGCACAGUAAAACUCGUCCAUAGACAAAUAGGAAAGGCUGAUACCAAUCAGCAGAUACUGGGUAAAAGCACCCUGAAGCUUAUGGGAUUAAAUUACACGAGCAGUGAUAUCGAGAAGGCCCUAGUAGAUACCAGAAGAAAGCUAAAAGAGAACCAAAGACAGGAGAGAACCGAGGUGUUUCUAGUAUUGGCCGCUCUCUUAAUAUUCAUACUAGUUUGUAUGUUGAUACUGUUUGACAAAUUUGUUUCAACUGGCUGA